GGCUAGAACAUCAAGCAAACACUAUUAGUUAAAUGUUAUCAACUGUGAUGGAAGUUAUAACUAUUGUAAUUACUAUUUGAUGAUUGCAAUGCAAAUUAGCCCCCAUAACAAGCAGCAAGCUGUAAAGGGAGGAGCUAAUGAGUUUUGUAGGAUCUUUCAGUAUAAGGAGCUAUUGGUGAGUCAUUAUAGCUGUGUCGGAGGUCCAGGCACACAUAGAAAUGUAUUUAAAGACCGUAACCAUAUCUCACAUUAGAAGCAACUGAUACAAACUUAUUUCUCCGUGGAAGACAGAGAUUGGAAGAAUGAACAACUCAAUGCAAGAGGCCUUUAAUGAUGUUGGUCAGACUCUCUUACUGAGGAAAAUUAGAAGUUUGAUACCUGUAAACUUCUGGAAGGAAGUAAAAGAUCUUUUCCAAUUGGCCGGGCCUGUGGUUUUGUCACAGCUGAUGGUUUUUCUCAUCGGUAUUGUCAGCUCCAUAUUCUGUGGCCACUUAGGAAAAAUUGAGUUAGAUGCUGUUUGUCUGGCCACUGCAGUGAUAAAUGUGUCAGGUAUCUCCGUAGGUGCUGGAUUAGCUUCAGCGUGUGAUACGCUCAUAUCGCAGCAGAAAGCAAAAGGUGAUAAUUUCUUCUCCGCCGAUGCUGCCAGACCUGCUGAGUUUUUCCAGACAUUUGGCAGCAAGAACUUGAAGCGAAUUGGAGUGAUUCUCCAAAGAGGGAUUCUCAUUCUCAUGAUAGCCUGCUUUCCCUGCUGGGCGCUCUUCAUUAACACUGAACACAUCUUGUUAGCUCUCCACCAAUCUCCGGAAGUGGCCAAGUUAACCCAGCUAUAUGUAUGGAUAUUUAUCCCUGGUCUUCCUGCAACUUUCCUUUAUCAGUUAGAGAUCAGAUACCUUCAGAAUCAGGGGAUUAUUCUGCCACAGAUUUUCACUGGACUCAUAGCCAACAUCUUCAAUGCUGUAGUAAAUUACCUGUUGCUCUAUGUGCUAACACUGGGUGUACUAGGCUCGGCUGCUGCCAAUGUUGUCUCCCAGUACUGUCAGGCUAUUCUCCUGUUUGGAUACAUUCGAUGGAAAAAGUUAUACGAUGGGACAUGGACAGGAUGGUCCACUGACUGCCUGCAGGAAUGGGGAAACUUUGUACGCUUGGCAAUUCCCAGCAUGCUUAUGCUAUGUAUUGAAUGGUGGACGUACGAAAUUGGAACUUUCCUAGCAGGGCUGAUUAAUGGAGUUGAACUCGGAGCACAGUCUGUUAUUUAUCAAGUGUUAACAGCGGCGUACAUGAUCCCUCUGGGAUGCGGUGUGGCUGCUAGUGUCCGUGUGGGUAACGCACUGGGUGCGAGGAAUCCAGAGGAAGCUAAAACCUCUGCUACAGUUGCGCUGUCUUUCGUUGGAUGCUGUUCCUUGCUGAUUGCAGGGAUACUGGGAUCUUCAAGAAAUGUGUUAGGUUACAUCUUCACUGCUGACAAGGACAUUAUUCAGUUGGUUUCAGACGUUGACCCAGUAAUUGCUGCUUUUCACUGGUUUGAAGCCAUAGCUACUGUAAGUGGUGGUGUACUAAGAGGAGCUGGGAAGCAAAAGCUGGGAGCUAUCGGUAACCUAGUGGGUUUCUACUCAAUUGGGUUUCCCCUUGGUGUCACACUGAUGUUUGCUGCGCAUCUUGGUGUCCUAGGUCUUUGGUCUGGACUGUUCAUUUGCGUGGUUGUCCAAGCAGUCUUCUUUAUAAUUGUGAUUUCCAGAAUGAAUUGGGACAAAGCAUCUGAUCAGGCUGUGGUUAAUGCAGGGAUGAAGAUAACUGUGGACACCACUUGCAACCCCUCUAAUCCUCAGAAUGAGGAUAUGUCAGCAGGACUGAAUACGGAGGAUCCUGUUGUCGUUGUGUUGACCAAUCUUAGCCAAGUGGAGAUUAACACAGACACGGAACAACUGAGAGAAGAGUCCGCUGCACUGGAAAUUGGUGUUACCACAGUUGGAAAAAUCUUGUCCACAAAACAACUGAUAAUUCGCCGUGGACUAGCUUUCCUUUCAGGACCAAUUAUACUGGCAAUUGGACUUGCGCUACAAUUAACUAUUGCAAAGCCCACAUAGACCCUUGAUGAAUUUAGUCAAGAAAAGCAGGGAUCAAGGUGACAUUCUGCAGCAUGGGGAGCAGCCAAUGGAUAACAAGACAUCCGAGAAAGAGUCAUAUUGGACUCAAAACGUUAGCUCUAUUUCUCUCUCCACAGAGGCUGCCAGACCUGCUAAGUUUUUUUCAAGCACUUUUGUUUUUUAUUUUGAUAGCGAGAUCACUGUUAACUUGGGACAUCAGUUGCUACAGGGAAACUCCAGUCUCCUGCCAAUUAUUUAAUAAAUAGAGUAUUGUUGGCAGUGUGCAGGCAUCUGAUAGACAGAUCCCAACUCAUAAAACUUUGAAUAAACAGGGAUUCAUUGAUAGCAACCAUGACUUUAAACUUGACACUUUCCAAAUGUU